AUGAAAUAAGAAUCUUGGGAUGAUUUGCAUUUAUCAAAUGAAAAAUCUAUUACAAAAAUUUUAGAGUUAGGAGAGUAAGUGUUGUUUUCAAGUUUACUCUAUAAAUUUAAUGAGGUGAACAAAAGACAAGAGAGAACAUUACUAAUUACAACCAAUAACUUGUACAAUCUUUCAAAAUUGACAGUGAAAAGAAAAAUUCCAAUAAAAAGAGUUUAUGGAAUAACAAUUGGUUUGAUUGGUACAGAAUUUGUCGUGCACGUGCCAGAAGAAUAUGAUUAUCGAUAUUCAAGUUCUGAAAGAAGAGAUUAAGCAGUCUUAAGCAUUAUAAGGGCUUAUUGUUUAUAAAACAAAGGUAUAUCUCUACCAGUGUUCUACAAAGAUGAACUUACAUUAACUGCAUAUACAACAACAAAAAUAGAUAAAAGAAAAGGAAUAAAUAGGUUGCCAACCACCGGUUCUGAAUUAAUGAAUGAAGAAUAGUUCAGAAAGAGAUUAGAUUCAUAAACAGAAGAACGAUUAUAAACAAGAGCAAAGACUUCAACACUCUAUGCAAAAUAAAAAGGUGAAGCAGUAACAAUUGAUGAUUUUGAUCUAAUAAAAGUUUUGGGAAGAGGUGCUUAUGGAAAAGUGAUGUUGGUUGAAAAGAAAAGCGAUAAAUAAUAUUAUGCUAUGAAAUCAAUCAGAAAAGAGGAUAUUGCUGAUCCUGAGUAAAUAGAACACACAAAAACAGAAAGAUUAGUUUUAGAGCAUGUCAAUCAUCCAUUUUUAGUAAAUUUGAAUUGGGCAUUUUAAACACCUGAAAAGUUAUUUUUUGUUACAUAAUUUAUGAAGGGUGGAGAAUUAUUUUAGCAUCUAAAACAUGUUAAACGAUUUGAUGAAAAUCGAACAAAAUUUUACGUUUCAGAAAUAGUAAAUUCUUACACAUAUUUUAAUAGGUAUUAGCUUUAGAACAUUUACAUUAAAAAAAUAUUAUUUACAGAGAUCUUAAACCAGAAAAUGUUUUAUUAGAUGAAAUUGGUCAUAUUUGUUUAACAGAUUUUGGUAUGGCAAAAAUGUUGAAAAAAAAUGAACUCGCAAAAUCAUUUUGUGGAACUCCUGAAUAUCUAGCUCCCGAAAUACUUCUUGAAAUCGGACAUUCUUAAUCUGCAGAUUGGUGGGCUCUAGGUAUAUUAACAUAUGAAAUGCUCUAUGCACUUCCUCCAUUUUACAAUAAAAAUUAAGAUUUAAUGUUUAAAUAAAUCUAAACUAAAGAUAUUUCAUUUCCUACUACACCAAAUAUUUCUAAUGAAGCUAAAGAUUUUAUGUAUAAAGUAAUGAUUAUUUAUUUGAAUAGUUAACCAUAAAAGAUCCAAAAUAAAGAUUAGGUCAUAGUAAAAUUGAUGAAGUGAAAAAUCAUCCUUGGUUUAAAGGAGUGAAUUGGGAAAAACUGUUAAAAAAAGAAAUAGAUACUCCUUUCAAACCAUAAAUUUAAGGUGAUGCUUGGAUUGAUAAUUUCGAUAAACAGUUUACUGCAGAAGAAGCAAUAAAUUCAUACGCCCCAGAAAAUAAUUUAGUCAAUCAAGAUGAAUUUAGAGAAUUUGACUAUUAUCAAAAAUAACAUUGAAAUGCAGAUAUCAGUAUAAUAGAAUCACUUAUUAAUUAUGAAUUUAUGGUAAAGUAAUUCUAAAGCAGUAGGCCUUAAUUUGUGAUCCCUUUAUAGGCACAAUCUAAUAAAUUAACUUAAUUCUUGAUCUAAAUCUUCAGGAAUGCUUGGUAGAGCAUUAUCAGAAAUAAUUAAAAGUAAAGCACUUAAUGGAUUAUCGAAACCAUGUUCAUGCCAAGGUUUUUUUCCUGUUGCCAUUUCUAACACAGUACAUCCAAAAGACCAAAUAUCGCUUGCUCUACAAU